UUACAGCAGUUGCCGUUCAAAUAUUAUUAGAGCUCUAUAUGCGUUCCUUUGUGUGUGUCUUAAUCCUUAAAAUUCUUGUUGCUUUAGCAUCUUUGUCAGAAGUAGCGAUACUAAACUCAUUCCAGCGCGUUUCCAACACACUCAGAUGGAUUCUUCAGUCAGCUGGAACUGCUGCCGGAGAGAGAGAGAGAGGAGAAGCUGCUGCUCCACAGUCGGAGCUUCAGUUGCUUCAGACAAUCAGCAGGACGACUGAGAGACAGACAGGCAGCAUCAGCGAGGAGACAGACAGCGAGAGAGAGAGAGAGAGGUGGGAGGUAAAUAUGUGACGGGAUGUGGUUUCUCUGAGCUUGCACAACAAAAAGAGGCAGUUUGACCCGGCGAGUUCCGGAGACUCACCGCUGGUUCUGCUGCUGGAGUCACACCUCUGCUGGAUCUUCAUCUUCUGGAUCUUCUGCUCCAUCCAGGACAAUGUGUUUCCCUGCUGGAGAACCAGUCAUCACGCUGAACUUUUGAAGUGAUCCACCUCCAGUUAGACGAGAUUACCUGACUCAUAAACACGAUGGGCUGUGGGCUGAGGAAAACAAAGCCAAAUUCGGAGGAGAGCAGUCCUGGCAAGAUCUACUCCACCUUGAAGAGACCGCAGGUGGAGACCAAAGUUGGCGUGGCCUACACAUACCGCUUCCUGGACUUCCUGAUCGGCAGAGACGGUGGGACGUCAACGCUGCGCCUGUCGUCUGUCCGACAGCUCCCAGGUCAGCUGCAGGAACUUUAUCAGCAGGGUUUUGUUCUGGCUGCCGUGCACCCGUUCAUCUACCCAUGCGGUCCCGAGUCCAACAGCCCACAACACCAGCUCUACCGAGCCAUCCUGGUGCGACUCAACGAUGGGGUGGAGAGGAGCCAGCCGAUCUGUCCGUCAUACAGACUGCAGCUGGAAGACUGUCUGUCUGCCGAGCAGGUGCCCACCCCGGAGCUCAUCCAGGGCUACGUCAAGAAGCAAAUCCAGGAUGCUGCUGACCAGGGCGUGAUGUUUGUGGGUUUUGUCCAAGAGCCAUACGGAGCACCGUGCACCAGGAUCAUGGAACCAGAAACCCCCUCGCUGUCUCUUCACUCCAGCCCCAGCUCCAUGCUGGGCUCCCUCAGCAGCUGCAGCCCGUCGGACCCCUCCAGCCCGAGGAACCACAGGACAACUGCAGCGCACGACAAAGGGAGCUGUGACGUUACAGCGAGCGAGGGGAAGAAUGGCAUCAUUGGGUGUUCGGGAAGCAGGACAGGGGACGGCAUGGACGAAGACUGGGACGCGGGGUCCCCGACAUCGGAGCUGGACUGCAGCGAGGACGAGUGUCACAACAACAACAGAGGAGCUGACACCGACACAAAGCAGCAGCCCAGAUAUCGCCUGCGGCGAGGGAACGGGGCGGAACUGCUCGCUUUGUACAACCACCCACCGAUCCGAGAGGGUCAGGUCAAGUACUACACCGUCAAAGUUCCGCUGCAGGUCCAAAACUGCACGGAGGGGGUGAAAGGCGUUGAGGCCAACUGGCUGGAUCACAUGACUCAGCACUUCAACAAUGGAGCGUCGCUGGUCGAUGGAUAUUUCAACUUGGGAAGCACGAAUGAUUUGCUGCCGAGGUCGGUGGACAGCAUUUUCAUCUUCCAGGAGGGAAACGAAAGUGAAUCAGCGACGUACGACGCCAUCGUGGUGGAGCAGUGGACGAUCAUUGACGGUCUCCAGGUGAAGGCUGAUUAUGUUCCUCUGCUGCAGUCGCUGGCCACCUACGGAUGGAGACUCACCUGUGUGCUGCCCACUCCUGUAGUCAAAACCAACAGCGACGGAAGUCUGUCGACCAAACAGAUUGUUUUCCUCCAGAGACCCGUGCUGAGCCGAAGAAAGAGAGAGUCGAAGAAAUUGUUCUUCAAGUCUCGGAGCAAGUCCAACAAGAACUGCGUUAAAGAGUCUGUGAAGAACAAGAAGAACAAGGCGAAGAACGAAUCGGAGGAAUUUAAGAACGAUGGAGGAAAGGUGGAGGACAGGACCAGAGACGAAAGGAUGGAAAUGAUGGAGUUUAAAGCCGAGACGGAAACUUGUCUAGAAAUCCAAACCGUUGGAGUCGGAGUGAUCCCUGGUGAGAAGAGAGAAGCCGAGGUGGAGAGUGAAGAGGAGGGUGAGGAGACCCAGGAGGUGUUGGUGAACGCAGAAGCUGAAGACACCAAAGACGAGAGCGUAGCGGAAACUGUAGCUGUCGUGGAGAACGAUGAGGAUCGGAAGGACGACGGCGUGGUGAAACACAAGAUGGAAGAAACAGACGGAGGAGAGGAGGUAGAAUCCACUGAAGGUCCACUGGAGUAGCCCAAGUUCCCCGCCCUACCUCGACAUUUUUGAGACUGUCUCCCAGAGACGACCCCCUUUGCAAGCCUGUGUAGCUCAAGUUCAUGUACCCGCGAGCAUCCGUCCUACUGUAUAACCACACGUGCUGAAUGUAUGCAACAAAGACGUCGACACGAAAGUCACUGAGGGGUGGACCUCUAUAUGUAGCCAGUCGCGGUGGAGUCGAGACUGGAGCGACGUUGGCUACCUACUGUACGUACUGAAGAAAGAGCCCGCCCUGUACGGAGCGCCCGGCCCGUCCGAACGGGGAAGGACAUUGGAUAUUAGCUGCGACAGGCAAUCCAUAGCGUGAGCGGAAGAAGACGUCACUGUUUACGACGGAAUGUUCCAGUGCAACACCUGAAUGUUAACCGCAAUCUUUUUCUUUUAAUCCCGGCAUCACAAGAGUGGGCUUCCGUCUGGAAGCCAGCUUGGUUUCAUCACCCUUGCAGCAGACGUGGCUCCUCCAGUCCAUUGUCUCCACUCUUGCAUCAGUGAAGAAAGUCUUACUUAUGGACGGAUCAGUGUCUAAUCAGAUUCAUCCUACAAUCUGGAGCAGAACUAAGCUGCUGGGUUCAAAACGGCCUCAUGAAGCUAAACUCUUUCAAUUUUGGCGUCGCCUUUUUGUUUCCCCGCAUUCGAAACUUUCACUUCCCUCCACCUCACCUGACACUCACUUGACUCAUUGAUUCAGGUUUCUUUGGUGCUAACAGCAACCCUGUGAUGUCAAAGGUGGCGAGUGCGCCCCCUGGUGUCACUGGUUGUCCUGCUUACAUGCUGUGUGGGUCUGGAUGUCCAGUUGUCUUCACGGCGCCUCCUGAGGUUCUGGUGUCUGACAGUGAAGUCAUAGUUCAGUUCACAGUCUGAGGCUCAGGGAGGGUUCAUGGGCCUUGCUCCAGUUCCACUGCCUGUCUGGCGCCUCCUGGACACCUCUGUGGUGAGAUCUUGAGCUGAGGACAGUUCAGACGGCUUCUGUCCGUCCACCGUCAAAGCGUGAAUUGGCUCAUCACCUUUAGAGGUUUGACGACCCUGUCAGGUGCAUGUCCUGGUGGAGGUCAUCAAACAUGCCGCCGGCGUGAAAUCAGCUCGUUCACUCGUGAUGUUCCGAUGUUGGUGAAAUUGCUGCAAAGAUUCUACCUAACAUAACGUGUAAAACACCAUGACCGCCCCCUGCUGGACUCACUUAUAGCGAGGAGUGUUCUCAACUCUGCUAAGCGGAUGAACUUCACCAAGACUCAUUUCCAUCCCAGCUCUGACGCCAGUGGCACCACACAUCCAUUACGCCGAUGAGACUGCUAGGUCCGACAUUAAGUUUAUCUUUGUGGCUGUUUAUUGAGAGCAAAACUCCAAGAUAUUGUCCGUUUCUGACUCACAGAGUCCAAUAAAAGAAAUGAAUCGUCUGGUUUCUAGCAGCAGCCGUUGGCUCGUCAUAUUCCUCCCGUUGUUACGCUCCUCUUUAGUUCACCUCCAUCUCUUUAAGCACCUCUCGGCAGACUUCGUUCCGACGUUAACGGACUCAUAAAGAGCCGUUUCACAACAUCAUGAAGCUGAUGCUGGAGUUUGGGAGGCGGAGGGGGGACGCAGAGGCACUCGUUAGCUGGCUAAUGGAUUUUGUCAGCAGGUUCUCUGUUGGGCGCCACCGGUUCAUAACGGGGGUCACUAACAAACAAGUCAGCGCCGCUUCAGCAGUCGCUACACUGAGUUCUCAGUCAAAUGUCUGAGAAAUAGAACCGAGGAGCUAAUGUUGCUACUGUACUGAAGCGCGUGUCUCAUGAUGAAGGACGUCUUCUCCCACCAUGUGAGACCCAUGAUGUGGGGGGGGGGGGUCGUCCACCUGCCACUGAGAUUCUUUUCACUGUAAAAUGACAAGCGUAAAUGUAAAGAGUAGAACUCACCCAAGCUUCGCUGGAGGGAUGAAACACACGCGUGUCUUUGCUCCGUCGUUGAUCACAACACGCGGCGUCAUUCUGACCUGAGGGGCUUUUUUUCACCAUUUGUUCAGUGAAACAAUAUCACUAUGAGGUGAACUAAAACGCUUGUCAUAAAUUGCAUUUAAAAAAUAUACAAUUAUUAUUAUUAAAAAAAUAGGUGAAUGGUUUUAGCAGCUGCUGUCGUAAACUGGCCAGAUAAAGGACAAAAUAUAUAUAUAUUCUUAAAUAAUGCCCAUGUUUUUAAAUACCUAAAUUAACUUUUAAAAAUAUAUACCUUGUGGUGUGAAAUAACUAAACUAAAUGCAGAUUAAAAAAACAAAAGAAAUGUAAUAAAUUGGAUGUAAUUCCAAUAUAUUUUAUUUUUUAAUACUAGUGAUGUAAAUGGGAGGCGGCCCCAGGACUCACUGCAGAGAUGGUGUCUGUCAGUUGACCUGGAACCUGCUCUGCGUCUCUGCCCCCUCGGCUUGACCUUAGGCAAGCGUGAGGAAAUAGAAACAAAUUUUAUAUAUAUAUAUAUAUUUACCUCAGAACAACAUUCUCCCUCCAGCGAAGCCUCGGGGAAACAUGUGACCAGUUUGGCCUUAUUUUGUUUCCUGAUGUCCUUCUGAUGCAGAACUUUGGUGUUAAAUGUUUGUUUGAAAAAAAAACAUGUUGUUUUCAAAAUAGAGUUUAUUUGCAAAUACGUGUGGAUAUGAAAGUUUAUUUUUGUUUAUGGAUUGUCUUCUUCUGCUAAAUACAACUCUCAGCUUCUACCUCACUGGUGUGCUUCUUCACUGACGGGCAAGCGCGACCUCUGAGGUCAUCACUAAUGGAGGUCAAGGUCAAGGGUCGUGUUUUUAGCCUGAAUGGAUUCUUCACGCUCUGACAGCAGGAAGUCGCCGCGGCUGAGGAAGACCAACGUUACUUCAUUGAUCGCAUUGACGCAACAGAAAGGUGGACUUUUGUUUUGACCACCAUGUUGGAUGUCAAGUGUGUUUGAUGAUGUGUGUGUGCGGCGAGAAUAUC